CCUGUCGUUUUAUAUCAGGAUGAGAUGAUUUUCCUUCAGGUUCCGCAUUUGUGGAUUUUUAUAUUGCCGUACAUCACUUUCAAAGCAAAGGCGAAUUAUGUGCUUGAAAAAAAAUAUCUUGGAGCUGACAAUUAUUGGCCUUUAUCAACAAUUACGGACAAUGGUCAAUUGACAGACUUCGUAUUUGGCAACAACGGUGCUGUCCAGGGAGAUGGAGUUAACGAUGAUCAUGGUGUUCUGUCGCUUACUGGAAAAGGUUAUGUUGCUUUUAAUGGUUUUGCUAAGGACUGUCUCAUGGACCCAUCAAAGUGCACAUAUGGAUUCACUGUUGCCUUUUGGAUGAAACUCGGAGGRUUGAUAUCUCAUAUCAUUGGAUUUAAUGAAAAAUAUCACACGGCUCUUGACGGCUGGUUGGCUCCGCAUGUGACCAACAAAUCUCGGUGGGUAAUGUGCUACAAGGCUUCCAAACAUGGCUGGAAAGGAAAGACCUUCAGACAAAACUGUGCGUCAAAGAAAUCUACUUUGACUGUGAUUAAAGUCAGAAACUAUAUUUUCGGUGGAUUUCUUUCCGUACCCUGGAAUCCACAAGAGAAGGAAAAAAGCAGUGGAUUAAACUAUACUGACGAUGAACAAGCCUUUCUAUUCAGUUUAAACAACCCACUGGGCUCAGAACCAUUCAAACUUCCUAUCAAAUCCAACAUGUCAUCAAAGGCUGCACGAGCUUCUUCCACAUCCAUGCCGUCAUUUGGCGUAGGAGACCUGGUACUAGUUGAUGACGCUAACACUAGUACUCAGUCUACUACCUUCCCAGGCAAUAUUUACCAAAUCCCAUCAGGAAUUACUACCAAUUACUCACAAAACCUGUUGGCCGGCAGUUCUCCUUUCCUUGUUGAUGAAAUUGAAGUGUUUUCUAAUGAAGUGAUCAACAGUGAGAGAGACUACRUCCUUACAAGUGGUGCAGAAGAUGAUUCGAGCACUGGAUUUUCUAUCUACAGAGAACAUUCUGGUUAUCUUUUGGCAAAAGUCACAGCUAAUAAUAAAACUUGGGAAGUUCGGAAAACGCCACUAAAGGCGUGGCAUCACGUUGCAGUCACGUGGUCCCUGAGUUCUGGUUUAAGGUUACUUUUUAAUGGYGAUSAAGUGGGUUUCGCGAGCACCCCAAAGGAUAAAAUAUCUGCUGUCAGAUCGGAAAAAACAAGUCUACUGCUUGGCGGGUCGUCUACAACAAGUGAAAUUUCCAAUGUUCAAAAUAUUCAAAUGUAUGGACUAGCGAUUGAAAGGGAAAGAGAAUAUAUUGCGAAAAUAAGACAAUAUAAAAACAACGCGUUUUCUUAUCUUGUGGAUGAAGGCAAUGCAAAGUUUAAUUGGAGUUCCGCUWCAUGUUGUACACCCACAUCAAAUACUGGACCGUCUUCAUCUUAUGAAAAGGACUCGUCAAGUCUUCUCUUGGAGUCAUCUUAUUUAAAAGCAAAAGUAUCAACAAAUACAUAUCAUAGGUUCCAUAUAUGGGUGCAUUACUGUACGAGGGUUGACAAAAACGCUAUAGAUAUUUUCCAGAAUGGAGUCAAUAUUCGUAAAGUUCCUGUUGACUUUAGUCCAUUGGUAUCCAAGUAUAAUAACAUCCAGGUUUGGAUUGGGAAUGACUUUUAUAAACGUUCUCCUUUUAAAGGACGAUUAAGCGAUGUUAAUGUUUGGGGACGYUUGCUUAGCUCUAAAGAAAUAUCGACGUUGUAUAGCAAAUAUUACUUCCUAUCAGGAGAUGUUAUUCGUUGGUCGGACGUAAUGUCAAAGUUUGCUGCUGACACAAAAAAGCCCAGAUAUUACACGAAAACAAAAUGGAUGUACAUUGAAUCGUCGUACCCUCGAGUAAGAAACGACAUUGCUAGAGUCAUCACCACAGGUUACAUUCCUACACAUAUCAAUUGCCUAAGAUUUUCUUAUUGCCUAAGAGGAAAAGAUAUUGGCCGCUUUAAUGUAUACCUGAUCACUAAUGAUAAAGAGAAAACCUUGUUAUGGUCUCUUGCUGGAAAUCAGGUUAACUGUGGAUCAACCGUGUACCUGCCGUUUAAGGUUACGGAGAAAUCAAAGGUUGUAUUCGAAGGCAUCGUUGGAGAUGGAUAUUUUGGGGAUAUUGCUUUUCGUGGCGUUUACUUUAAGAUCCAAGAUCCCUGUCAGGGAGGGGCAGGAAAACACUAUACACCAGUUCACGCCAUCAGGUCCAGAAUCAUAGGACAUGUUGAUAGCUAUACCAGUACGUUACAAAAGUGGCUCAUCGAUGCUAAAUUGAAUCAAUCCUAUUGGACCCAUUGUUUUAAUCUUGGAUUGAAUGGCUGGAUAUCGUCAGAAGAGCUACACAGACAAUGUGCAAACAAAGGGCCUUCUGUGCUCCUUGUACGCUAUAGGGACUAUGUAUUUGGUGGUGUCUUUGAUCAAUCAUGGCUUGAAUAUAGCCAAUGCACUUCAAUGAUAGCACUUCCAAGUGAUCGAUCAUUUCUGUUUAGUCUCAAGAGUGACGCAGGUUCUGAAAUCGUUUUGCCGAUUCGUCCAGACUUACACAAUCAAUCUUUUAUUUGCUCGGAUUCAAGUCAAUAUUUCCCCAAUUUUGGUAAUGAUUUGGUGCUGGAUCUUGCUUCUAAAGCAGUGAAAGCAACAUAUGGCACUACCUAUGGCCAGGWAGCCGGACGUUUUGUGCUAAAUGACACUUCUUGGAAAGUCAGUGAUAUAGAAGUCCUUGUGCCGCAAGUGGGAUUCUGUCCAAGCAUAUGUCCAUUAGGAACGAUUUGUGACGAGAUCCAAGGAAUUUGUGUAUGUGAUGUAUCCUCUCGACUAUCAGAAGUAUGCCAGACAGGUAUUUUCGUGGAAAACUUCACCAGCGAUGCUCACGAUUUGUUCACCUWUUUUUCUCCGACUGACAUCAAGAAUCACAAACGACCUGUAUGGGGGCAGGUACAAGGAGAUGUGAAGCUUACCAAAGGAAUCRCCGGARACACGGUCUCAACAAGCAGGGACAGCUAUGUGAUUAUUAAAAGUAUCCAUCGUUGUCUGACCAAUCCAUCACAGUGUUCAACUGGAGUCACCAUGUCAAUAUGGUUGAAGUACUUUGUGGAAUCUUCCUGGAAAGCUCAGGAAUUUCUCUUUUGCAGCGAUUCCUGUCUACAAAAAUUAACAGGAAUCAGUAUCUCAAGAAUGCCAUCUGACAAUGAAGUGCUAAACAUUUCAUUAACUACGGAAAGUGAAAAGUGUAUGUAUGCCAUUCCUGGAGGUGUUGGURUAUGGACACACCUUGUCUUAGCCAUGAGUAAAGACAAUACUCUCGAGAUUUACAAAAAUGGACUUUUGACGCCACCAAACUCUGAAACAUGUGUUAAAGGACAAUACUCGAAUAAUGCAGACAAUAAUGUGGUGAUAGGCAAAGGUGCGAURGUUGACAUGGAUAUGUUGAUUGUCUGGGAAAAGGUUYUCUCUUCCGAAACAAUUGAAGAUCUUCACAAUGUAUACAGAGGAAGGAAAAACAUGACUUUGCACUUUGUCUACACGAUGAGUUCCUCACUAACGAAUGAUAAGGAAAGCAAAGAGUACCAAAACCACUGCACACACGUGAAAACUUCGAUCAACAGCAUUAUUCCGUCCGAUGCGACUGCACCAAUUCACAUGGAUUGUUCCUCAAGCACAAAAGAAGGAACUACRGUCGUUUCAUUACAAAUAGUAUWUAAUGAAUCUGGAUACGACCAGGUCAAACMGCUUAUCGAUAAUUUAAAGACAGUAGUAGCGUUGGGUGGGAAAACCGUGCAAAAUGUAAAGACUUUAGAGCUCGAUACUGUUUUCACGCAAGGAUGUAACAUUACAUACCAUGAGGUCGUUGGUAAUAAUGUUUCCUUAGAAUGGGGAGACUGCGGAACAGAACCACCGUACGGUCUACUAUAUGGCUAUCAAAUCAAUGCUACAGACCCAAUGACAAAUGAGGUUAUUACACUCAUUCAUACAUCAACGUCAAAUUUAAAAACUAACUUCACSAAACUUAAGUACGCCACAAAUUAUAGCUUUGCGGUGACUACAUUGACAUUUGAGGGUGCUGGGAAAACAAACUUACUUUACUUAACUACAGAUGAUAAAAUUUUGGACUUUGCUCCAUGGAAUAUAACAGCUGUAGUUCUUGAYCAUUACAGCAUCAACAYAACUUGGGAKUUCUUUAGCCUUUCAGAAUGGACUUCAAUAAGGGGUUUUACAAUCUCGUAUAAYAGUACGAGUUGUGCCAAUACCACUGAUGUUGAACCAACCAUGAGAUACCACAYCCUKAUUGAUUUAAAACCACUCACAAAUUAUACAAUUUCUAUAAAAGGAUACAAUUUUGCUAGCGAAGGUCCCUUCGGYCAUAUAAUUUACGUAAUGACGRCAGCUUUGCCACUCAGCGAGGCUCCUGAUAAUGUGMAAGCUAUAGCUGUCAACUAUUCUACUAUUACGGUACAAUGGACAAGAAUCCCUUUCAACGGGCUGUAUGGUCCUAUAUUAGGAUAUCAUGUAAACUUGACUAUAGAUAACACCACAGUUCAGUUCCUAAACCAAAGUGAACCAACAGCUAAUAUCAUGGGCUUGUCUCAUUCAAUCGAGUAUGGUGUUGAAGUACGAGGAUACACAGACACGGGUCCUGGUCCGUGGUCUAUCAAGAAAAUUGUUCUUACUCCAGAAGGAGUGCCAUCUGUAAAACCAUCAAAUUUAGUAUCAACGCUUUUGAGUAAAACAGCUUUCAAUCUUUCUUGGGACGCCAUUGAUYCCCUUCAUGCYCAUGGGAUAGUUCGAGGAUACCGCGUGUCACUGUUCAAUGUAACAAUUUCARAAAAGCCUGAGAUAAUGAUUACAAGUACAAAGACUACAGCGACAUUGACAAAUCUGUUUCCAUUUACUAAUUAUCAUGUCUACGUUGCUGCUUUUACGAGCAUUGGACCGGGACCCAAAGGAUAUAUAUAUGUUCGCAAUGAAGAAAAAGCCCCAAGUCUUCCACCGACGUGGGUUGGUACAGCUGGUCAAGUUGGUCUUACAUCUAUGAAUAUAACAUGGGAUGCUCUACCAAGUGAAUCAUCAUUCUCUCCAGUUUUAGGAUAUGCAGUAAUGUACCUACAGUAUCCAAAUAACGAAACAAAUACUACAGUUCGGAUAAAUGACAGUAGUAUCAUGUAUCAGUGGAUUGAUGGUCUGAUACCAUAUACCACGUACGAUGUUAGAGUUGCUGGAAUCAAUCGAAAAGGUGUUGGGGUAUUCAGCUCUCAAUUCAUCGUWCAAACAGCGGAAGAAGUGCCUAACGUUCCAGUGUCCAAUGCAUCUGCUGGUACUAUUACAAAGAACAGCUCUGUUGUAAAAUGGAACCCAGUCCUUCCAUCAGAUGUCCGGGGCGUACUUCAAGGAUAUAUGAUUAGUGUCCAWGAUACGUUGAGAAAKGAGAACUUCAACAWMUUYGUCUGUAUCAAUCAAACURGCCUUAUUCUUCAGGACCUCUUCUCAUAUACGUCGUACACCGUUUCUGUAAAAGCGUUCACUCGUGCUGGUUUCGGCAAUGCCACUAUACUCCAUUUCCAGACCKCCGAGUCUGCGCCCGAUGCUCCACCCCAAAAUGUAACAUCGCACAACACAAGUUCUUCUGGGUUAAUAAUCACGUGGCAGCCACCGCCCAUCACACAUAUCAACGGCAAACUUCGAGGCUAUGUGGUUAUCUGGUUUGAAACCCAAGCUGUMAAUCCUGUAAUCUUCAAUAAAACGUUGUCCGUGAUUAAUUCUGAAAGGAGAAGAAAGAGAAGGAAUGUUGACAGCGCAUCGUCUUCACAGACUUUUCAAAUCGAAGGUCUAAAGAAGUUUACCAUGUACASCAUACGAAUUCAAGCAUUUACUGUGGAAAACGGGGUUUUCUUUAMAACKAACGCAACUACAGCUGAAGAUGUUCCUAGUGCUCCACCUCCAAACAUAACCGUCCAUAAUUCGAGUUCUACCACACUUGACGUUGCAUGGCAACCAAUACCRGAAACCUUUCGUCAUGGAAUCUUCCGUGGUUACCAAGUGUUUUAUCAACGGUCCGACAAGCCUAGUUUGACACCAAUGGUAGAAACUAUUGAUCAAUCAACACUGAACGUAACUCUCAGAAAUCUCAGUAAAUUCACUACCUAUGACGUCAGUGUUGCUGGGUUCACGACUCCAGGGACUGGGAACUUAUCAAAGAUUUUUAAAGUUACUACAGACGAGGAUGUUCCAGGUGAGGCGCCUUUGUUGACUGGCAGUGGAUUGAGUACCUCAGAAGUUUCUCUUUCUUGGGCACCCAUUGCACUUGAAAAACAGCAUGGUGUUAUAAUAGGCUAUAACCUAUCCAUCAACCAYAURAAUGGAAGUCURCAGCAGARYCUCUUUGUCAAUAAUGGCAGCGCUCUUGAURCUAUMGUUGGAGGACUCGUGGCUUGGACGAACUACACUGUCAUUAUAAGCGGCAUGACYRUGAAAGGAUCGGGACCAUGGAGCUCAAAGGUUCUUGUCACUACUUUAGAGGAAGCCCCRCUUCCACCUACAAACCUUACAGCAACAACCCUGAGUUCUACGUCAAUAAACGUCACGUGGGAAGCAAGCAAUACUACCUUCCUUAGAGGAAUACUGMGGAAUUACCGCGUUAUARUCACUUCACAAGGUUCUGUGUUYCCUACSAUGAACUAUUCUGUAACGACACCAGCGACAACACGGAGCRUAGUGGUUGAAGGUCUUUAUAAGUACACGCAGUUUGAAGUAGUUAUGGUAGCUGUGACGAUUACUGAUGGAAAUCGUAGUCUACCCGUAAUUGUAAUGACUAACUCCGACAUUCCGUCUGGUGGACCAAGUGGACUAACUGUGAUUGAGGCAACCCCUUAUAAUUUCCUGAUAACACUUGGUCCAGUUCCACCACAAGAUCGUAAUGGUGUGCUUGCUAUAGGUUAUAAGGUUGUCGUAGUUCAAACAACGUCGUCAUCGUUGGUAUCAGAGGAAGUGAUUGCUUUGUCAGCUAAUCUAGUGGUKGUACAGAAUCUCAAGCCUUUCACUUAUUACACAAUAAACAUUUCUGCAUCAACAGAUAAAGGUUGGGGUGUUCCGUCCUCCAUAACUUUGCAAACAAAAGAGGCAGCCCCAGAUGGUAAACCUGAAAAGCCUGCCAUUCCUUCACAUUUUGCUGUUGAUUCGAUAUAUGUGAACUGGGCACCAGUAUCAGAAGCGUUAGCCAAUGGUGUAGUUCUUGGAUAUCGAGUUACAUACCAAUUGAUUUCAUUGGGAGAAGAACCGAUUGAAGAGGCUCCUGUSAAUGAAUUAACUCUGAGGUCAACGGAAGUAACCUUGAAACAUUUAGAAAUCUACGGAAGAUACAAGAUUGGUGUAUCGGCAUUCACUGAAAAAGGUCAUGGCCCUGAAAAUGUAAUGUAUGGAGAAACCUGUCGAUGUCACAGAACAUUGUACGCCAACUGGCGCGAGUACGAGCCGUAUGUUAAUGUAUCCAAUACCACUGGUGGUCCUGGAGGUAUUCUACCUCAAGUCAUCAAGACCAUGACUGAAGAAUGUUGUGGACGUUGUUCUUCUUAUAACAAGUCAGUUGUGAAUUUCUUCACAAAUCCAGACGGCUCCCCAGCUAUCAAAGUAAACGAAGACGACCUAAAAACAAACAUCUCUGAUGACAUCGAUUUUACUUUCCCGAUUUAUGGAUCUAUGGAUCAGAAGGCAUAUCCCGGAGGGUUUGGCUACCGGGCAUUGAUUGGGUCGCCGGGAAUWGUUCUUGUAUUGAAUAAAGAUUUCGAGUUUGAGUAUGAGAACCCUGAUGGUCCAAGUAGAACAACGAUUAAAAGCAUUCUUCAUACUUUGGUGUAUAUCAUUGUUACUAUGUGCAUUGCGUACUUGGCAGGUUUUGUUAUGUGGUUAUUGGAAAGGGAUGACAACAAGGAGCUCUUCCCACCCUCUUACAUUCAAGGUACAUAUGAAUCAUUUUGGUGGUCCUUUAUCACUAUGACAACACUUGGUGGAGACGUUGCUACGAAACCUAUCGCCGCAAUUCAUAAUUCGCCUGAAUUCCUUCUCGGAAAGCGCCUGAACGCCAACAUAAAUCAAGAUUUCAAGCCAAAAUCGUUCCAAGAAUUGUACGAUAUUUUGAUACAAAGAAAAGUCUACGGAGCUUUUAUUGAUGGAUAUGCUAUUGGCAACCACAGAGAUCUCUUCGAGCAUCCAAGUUUAAAGCUUUCAAAGAUCUACGAUGUGAAACCUGCUUAUGGAAUCGUCUUGGCGGGAAAUUCUUCUAGAUUAAGACGAUGUUUCUACCGCUACAUACAGGGCAGAAGAGCUGAAAUCUUUCGUCGAGUCGCUGGGAUUGUUCAAAUAAUUGAAAAUCAUGACGAGAUUCCUCAAAUCGUGCAUUACAGCAUCAACCUUAUUAGUUCGACAACCAUUUUGUUCAAGAACACCGUCAUCACGCUUGCUGUCUCACUGGUAAUCCUCAUCAUAGCUGGUUGUGUUUAUGAAUAUUACAAAGACAAGUCGUCACAACAACUGGAAUGUAAACUAAGAGACAUUCAGGAGCUGCGUCACUAUGUUGAGAACUUUGUUAAGAAUAUGAGCGAUAUCGAGAAACAUCUUCGUCAAAAGCAUGUAAGAGAGAUCCAGGAAUAUCUCAAACGAGAGAAUGGUAGGACACUCCCAGAAAAAAGCUCCUCGUGA